CUUACUUGGUGAUUUUUAUUUUAUAUUGAGUGCGCUUUAGGACGCUGUCCAGAGCUUUGGUUUUGGGAAUUGAAAUGACCAGCACUCGUGGGGACGAUGUCCUCAGACUAUCCGACUCGUCGGAUACUGAAUUUUCUGGUUUCGACAUUGUCGACACGCCAUACGUUGCUCAAACAAUUGAUGUUUGUACAGACGAUGUCUGUACCGAAAAACGACAUAAAAGUCCGGUGAAAGGGAAAAAGAUUGUAAAAUCCUCUAAAAAAUCCAAACCUGAAAGUAAAAAGAAACCUAAACCGGAUUCGCAAAAGCCUUCAUGUUCGAAAAGUAAAAAACAAACUAUGGACUUAAAUAAUUUGUCUUCUGAAGACCUUUUGGUAUUGAAACAAAAGCUUGGUUUAGUUGCCGAGCAAUCUGACAGAAGACCAUUUUAUGACAGACCCAAUAUUCAAGUCUCAAUUGAUAGAGAUGACAUUUCGGACAAUGAACAUAUUUCGGAUAAUGAACACAUUUCGGACAAUGAACAUGGCUCUAGUGUGGCAAGGAAAAUUUGUAAUGAACUUUUUUCCAAUAGUGAUUCUGACGAGGAAUGGUCGCCUCCCAAAACCAAAGCAAUGGAGAAGGGUCAACAUAUUGCUGAUUCCCUUGCUAAUAUGAUUAAUUUAGCUUGUAGUACACCUUGUGACAUUGAGGGAAUUGUUUCUAAAUAUAAAAUUCCUGGGAACCUUGACAAAGCCUGCCCUCCUAUUGUUAAUGCCGAGGUGUGGCGUAUAAUGGAUAGAAAAGGCCAUGCCUCAGAUAAGGGGCUGCAAGAUGUGCAGGCAAUUUUGACUGCUGCUAUGGUUCCCAUUAUCAAGCUGGCAGAAACAGUUAAAAAGUCAAAUGUUAAAGUUCAAUGCAAGGAAUAUAUUGCAGAUGCCCUUACUCUAAUGGGUCAAGUGCAAUACAAUAUUUCUGUUAAACGCAGAUAUGGUAUUAGGCCACACCUGAAUAAAAAGUAUGCAUCACUAUGCAAUGUUAGUAUGCCAAUCACUACCAAGUUGUUUGGAGAUGAUGUUACAAAAGACCUGAAAGCCUGUGACUCAAUGUUUAAUAUAGGAUCAGGAAAACCAUGGUGGAAGUCAAAGACUCUACGUCCAACUCACAGGCCAUACAGAGGCAGUUCCAAUUAUUCAAAUUAUGGUGGCGCUGGUGUAGGCCGUUUCCAACCAUACCCACAGAGAGGCGGGCGACCUUUUCGAAGGGGUCUCUCAGGUGGCAGUUUUCGAGGACGAGGUGGAUACGGCCAAUCCCCAAGUGGAAAAUAGAUCGAUGGUAGACUUCCAAGACAUCGAGACAUCCUGACAUUACCACACAAUGGACAAGUUCACCCGUUGUCAAAGAGACUCGACUUGGUCGCGGCAGUUGUAUCGGGGAGGCCCUCCGUUGUAGAGGACUUUCAUCAGAGACUACAACCAUCAUCUUGGCUGCCUGGAGAAGAGGAACUCUCAAACAGUAUGAUUCUGCAUGGCGGAAGUGGAUGUCUUGGUGUAUGUGCAGGGAAACUUCUCCCUUUAACUCAUCUGAAGUAACUGUACUUCAAUACUUGGAGCAUUUAAGGUCUAUUAACAAGUCAUACUCUGUGUUGAACACUCAUAAAUCAAUGUUAAUGCAAACAUUACCCUUUUUUGGAAAUAAGUGGUGUAAAGACUGUUUUUUAAUUCAGAAAUUUAUGAAGGGAGUUUUUCAUUCUCGUCCUCCAGUACCUAGAUACCAGUUUGUGUGGGAUGUUACUCUUGUAUUGAAUUUUUUAAAGUCUUUGAAUCCAUUGUGUAAUUUAUCAUUAAAAAUGUUAACAUUUAAAGUGGUUGCACUUUUGGCAUUAGGAAAUGCACCUAGAGCUCAAACUUUGAUUUCUAUGGAUUUGUCUUGUAUGAAAAAAGAAGGGGCUGUGCUUAUUUGUGUGUUUCCUAAUUUAUUGAAAACUACCAAGUUAGGUAGACCUUAUGUUAUGAAGAUUGAACAUUUUAAGGAUGAAAAAUUAUGCAUUUUGCAUUCUUUGUUGUUUUAUAUUAGAGUUACGAAACCACUUAGGAAAUCUUCAAAAUUGUUCAUUUCUUAUGUGACUUAUAAAGCAGUUACAUCAAGUACUAUUGCUAGAUGGCUAAAGAGUGUGUUGGACCUUUCAGGUAUAAACACUGAUUAUUUUAAAGCACAUUCAUUUCGAAGUGCCUCUACAUCAGCUGCAUAUGCAAAAGGUUGUAGACUUAAAGACAUCUUAAGUACAGCUGAUUGGACAUCAGAUAAGAAUUUUAAAAAGUUCUAUUUGAGGGAGUCUGUUGAUUCAAAAAGUUUUGUAAACAGCGUGUUUUCAAAGUAACGUUUAAUUAAAUAUUAGGACGGGAUUUUUCUCUGUUUAUGAAUACUUCAUCAUUAUGACAUUGUUACAGUAAUGUCAAUAAUUGUGGUUGUUAGGCUACAUAUGUUCAUUUUCUUAUUGAAUUUGUUGAUAUUUACAUGUAUCCUACAAAUUUGAUAUUCAAUGAAAUUUGGGAAAAUAAAUGUAUUUUUCUUGCAUAUGGUA